AUACUGAAAGGUGAGGAUUUGUUAAUGAAUAUCUAGUUAUUCAGCUCUCCGAAGAGAUUCUAUUGAGAGUCUAGUCUUGGUUGUGUUGCAGUAGAAAAUAUGCAUAUUGAGAUCACUCGUCUUUUCAGUUCAAUGUGAAACAGAUGCGAGAAGUUACACAGUAUGGAUUGGCCAGGAAGAUGGAGCCACAUUCAGAAGCUGCUAGAAAGAACUGGACCUUUUGCCCACCCAGACUUCGAGCCAAGUCCAGAGACUCUGAAGUUUCUCCAGGAGACCUGUAAAAUUCUGGUGAUUGGGGCAGGGGGUCUUGGAUGUGAACUUCUGAAAGAUUUAGCAUUACUUGGGUUUCAGAACAUUGAUGUUAUAGAUAUGGAUACCAUAGAUGUCUCCAAUCUCAACAGGCAAUUUCUAUUCAGAGCUAAAGACGUUGGAAGAUCUAAGGCGGAGGUUGCAACAGAGUUUGUAAACAAGAGAGUUCCAGGAUGUAAAGUAGUACCACAUUACUGUAAAAUUCAGGACUUUGACGAAUCCUUCUACAGGCAAUUCCACAUUGUGGUGUGCGGGUUGGAUUCCAUUGUAGCGCGGCGAUGGAUAAACGGAAUGCUGAUCAGUUUGUUGCAAUAUGAGGAUGGCGAGCUGGAUCCCAGCUCGAUUGUGCCAAUGGUGGAUGGCGGUACGGAGGGGUUUAAGGGAAAUGCCAGAGUUAUCUUACCGGGAAUGACCGCAUGUGUGGAGUGUACGCUGGACCUUUACCCUCCUCAGGUGAAUUUUCCACUGUGUACCAUAGCCCAUACGCCGAGAUUACCGGAACACUGUAUCGAGUAUGUCAGAAUUCUAAUGUGGCCCAAAGAGGAACCAUUCGGAAGUGGUGUUUGUAUUGAUGGAGAUGAUCCCCAUCAUAUCAAAUGGAUACUAGAGAAAUCUAUACAACGAGCCAAUGAAUAUAACAUUAAGGGAGUUAACUAUCGACUUACUCAAGGCGUUAUAAAGAGAAUAAUUCCAGCUGUUGCCUCUACUAAUGCCAUAAUAGCAGCAACUUGUGCAACUGAAGUUUUUAAAAUAGCUUCAAGUUGCUGCCUGCCAUUAAAUAAUUACAUGAAUUUCAAUGACACUGCAGGGAUUUAUACAUACACAUUUGAAGCCUCUAAAAAGGAAGACUGUGUGGCUUGUAGUAAUAUACCACAGGUUCUAACAUUCUCUGAAAACGACAAACUUCAGGAUGUCGUGACUUAUCUGGUGGAAAGUGCCACUUAUCAGAUGAAAUCACCUGGAAUUACCACCUCAAUAGGCGGUAAAAACAAAACACUCUACAUGCAGACCGUGAAAUCCAUAGAACAGCGGACGAAAGAAAAUCUCAAGAAAUCUCUUCUAGAGUUAGGACUUGCGGAUGGACAAGAAUUGUAUGUUGCUGACCCUACAACCCCAUCGUCCUUGACCUUUAAACUCCAACUGGGAUCAAGCAUGGAGUGAGAGGAUCAUGGGACAGUUUAGAUUUAUGCUUUGUUAAUUGUGACGUGGAAGAUACAUCACUGGGAUACUAAAGACUAAAUAGAUAGAUGUUGAAUGAACAACUGCACAGUAAUACAGAGGGGUGUGGCAUUUCACGGUGUUUUCUAUUUAUUUCUGUCGUCUAAGUGCUAAUGUAAUUGUAUAUACAUAAUUAUUUUACAAUAAAACCUGCAUAUUUUAUUGUAGGCUUAUGAAGUAAAA